AUGGAAAGAAGAAAUAAUUCCGUAUUGACAGAGUUUGUCCUUGUGGGGCUCUCUGCCCACCCAAGGCUCCAGACAGUGCUGUUUGUACUCAUUUUAUGGACGUACGUGAUGAUCCUGCUGGGGAAUGGCGUGCUUAUCUCAGUAAUCAUCUAUGACUCUCACUUGCACACCCCGAUGUACUUCUUCCUCUGUAAUCUUUCCUUCCUUGACAUUUGUUACACAAGCUCCUCUGUUCCACUAAUUCUUGACACUUUCCUGACAAUAAGGAAAACCAUUUCCUUCUCAGGAUGCAUGGUUCAAAUGUUUCUCUCUUUUUCCAUGGGGGCAACAGAGUGCGUGCUGCUAGGCAUGAUGGCACUUGACCGUUAUGUGGCCAUCUGCCACCCCCUCAGAUACCCUGUCAUCAUGAGCAGGAGUGCCUAUGUGCUCAUGGCAGCUGGAUCCUGGGUCACCGGACUGGUGGACUCAAUGGUGCAGACAUCUCUGGCAAUUCAGUUACCAUUCUGUGCUAAUAAUGUCAUUAGUCAUUUUGUCUGUGAAAUUCUGGCUAUCCUGAAACUUGCCUGUGCUGAUAUUUCAAUCAAUGUGAUCAGCAUGGCUGGGUCAAAUCUGAUUGUUCUAGUUAUUCCAUUGCUGUUAAUUUCUGCCUCUUAUAUUUUUAUUGUUUCUACCAUUUUGAGGAUCCCUUCCACUGAAGGAAAACAUAAAGCGUUUUCUACCUGUUCAGCCCAUCUGACAGUGGUGAUUAUAUUUUAUGGAACCAUCUUCUUCAUGUAUGCAAAGCCCAAGUCUACAAACCCUGCUGAUACAGAUGACCAAGACAUCUUUGAGGUCCUCAUCUCCCUCUUCUACGGAGUUAUGACUCCCAUGCUCAAUCCUCUCAUUUACAGUCUAAGAAACAAAGAUGUAAAGGCUGCCGUGAUGAACAUGCUGGGUAGAAAACCCUUCUCUGAUGGAAUAUAA